AUGGUAUGUUAUGAUGAACAUAUAUUUUGCAUCUUUUUUAGCCACCCAGCCCUUUGUUGGAGCCAGAGUGUAGCUGUUGAUCAAUAUGGUCCCCGGGUUUCCCAGGUACACGAGCUCUUGGACUUUGGCGCCAAGAACCGUGCAGUAGGGGCUACCAGCAUGAAUGCCAACUCCUCCCGCUCCCACGCGGUCUUCACUUUGGACAUCCGCUUGAGUUACUCGGGGGCAACGGCCAAAGACCUGCAAUCCUGCAUUCACUUCGUGGAUCUUGCAGGAAGUGAGAAGCAGAAGAAGACCCAUGCAUCUGGAGAGAGGCUACAGGAAGGCAUUGCCAUCAAUCAGUCGCUGUCGUCCUUGAGCCGAGUCAUCCAGGCAUUAUCCGGAAGCUCCGGUAUUCAGCCAGUCUUCCGAGAGUCCAAAUUGACCCUGCUGCUGAAGGCCAAACAGAGCGAGCCGGACCGCGCCGCGGUGCAGGAAGCCUUGAGUGGCAACAGCCGAACAGUGCUCCUGGCCUGCGUCAGCCCGGCCCGGAGCAACUUUGACGAGUCCGUCAGCACAUUGGAAUUCGCAGCUCGCUGCAAGCUCAUCAAGACCAAUGCAAAGAAAAAUGAGCAGGACAAGCGGGAACUGAUCGAGACCCUGUCGAAAGAAAAGGAGGAAGUUGAAGCUCGAUUGGAGGCAGAAAGGCAGCAGAAGCUUCUAUUGCAACAUGAACUCGAACGCGAGAUGGAGGAGUCCAAAAAGAACCAGGAGCUAGCUCAGCAGAUGCAAGAGGAAAAGCAAAGAAUUGAGGACAUGCUGCGAACUUUGAAGAUUGAGCAAGAAAAACAGAAGGAGGUGAGCGUGCAACAAAGUUCAGGCCCAGACACAGCUGAGAUGGAGCGAGAACUGCAACAUCUUCGAGAGGUUCAGAGGCGUGAGACUUUGGCCCAAAAGCAGCUUGAGGUCUUCAAGGAACGUGAGCUCUCCCAGCAAAAAGAGCUGGAGCGCAUCCAACAGAGCAAGGCAGAGGAGCUUUCACAAGCAGAUAAAGAACGACAAGCAGUCCUGAUGGAACUGCAGGAAAAGCUCCAAGCCGUCGAGCAGAGAGAGGAGGAAGAACGUCAGAGAAUGGAGGCUGCCCGCAUCACAGAGGUGGAAUUGCGACAGCGGAUCGAACAAGAGAUGAAGCGAGUACAACAUCGUGAGGAGGAUCUGAAGAAGGAGCUGGUAGGUCUGGAGGGUCUUCGGGACAGUUGGGAUAUGGAGAAGGCAGACAUCGAGCAGAAAGCGCAGGAGCACAAGUUGUCUCGAGAGCGGCUUCUGAAAGAGCUUGGUAUUUCGGGCAUCGAUGAUCUCGAGGAUGCGGAGAAAGUCCCACGCUUGGUGAACAUGAACCCCGACAAGUCACUGGAGGGUUGCUUGAUCUUCUACUUGCCGCUAGAAGAGACGCGGAUCGGUGCAGAUCAUCAGAAGUGUCAGGUGUUCCUCACCGGCCUCGAUGUGGCAGAAGAAGUCUGUGUCAUCCACAAUGAAGGUCACGAGAAACUGGAGGUUCGACCAUGCCCUGGUGGGUUGGUGAGAGUCAACGGAUAUCAAGUUGAUGACGACGAAGGUCGAUUGCUUGAAAGCGGAGAUCGCUUGGCAAUUGGCCGAGCGCACAUCUUCCGCGUGGUGAUUCCCGCCAGCACCUCUGCAGAGAAUGUCGAAGAAGAAGACUUUGAGAAGGCAAUGAAAGAGUUGCAGGCCAAUCGCGAAGUGGAUCCUCGCUAUCGUCGCGCCGUUGAUGCCGCAGUGAUGAUCGUGAAACAUGAGCGUGGCACCAAAGAGGCCAAUUCUCUGCUGGAAUCUGCCAAAGCAGCCUCAGAGGUGGUGGCUGAAGCCAAUGCGAUCCUCAAGAAAGUGCCGCAGGAGUGGACCAGUGGUGUGUCCCACUAUGAGCUGGCGGUGCUCUUUCAGGCUGACGGUCCGCCGGAAGUGUGUGUGGUUGCAAGACCGGAGGAGGAUGAGACAACAGCGACACCAGAGCCAGGAAGUUGGCAAGAACGAGGCUUCAGUGCUGGUAUCUGGGAGGCGGGUCGCUUCGAAGAGGAUCGCCUCACCAUGAUGCACGAGGCUGCUGAUUUGAUCGCUGCACAGCCCAAUGACUUCAUGGGGGUCGUAACGGAGCCCAAGGAAAGUCCAAAUGGUCCAAAUGAAGUGGACUGGGAGCUCCACGCCUGGACGGAAGUGAGCCUGGAUAGCUUCAAAGACCUCUCUGACCAACUCAAGGAGAUUGAGGACAUGAAAAAGAAAGACCAGGAUGAGCGAAAGCAGGAUGGAGGAGGCCUUCUCGAUUGGCUUGGCUGGGCACGAAAAAAGCCAGUGGAAGAGCUGAAAGGAGAUGUGAAGGAGAUCGUCCAAGCCACAAAGACUGGAUUCUUGGACUGGUUUAUGGGGGCAAAGUCUGACAAAGAAGAGGCGCCUUUGGCAAAGUCCAAGGCAAGCCCCAAGAAGGCGCGGGAGAGGCGAGAGGCCUCUGAACCGCUGAAGUCGAGACGGAUGUCGAUGGCACCCAGGCAAACCCUGCAACCAGGCGCAUUGCAAGUGCCGAUGUCCGUCUCCCCCACCAAGCGCUCGAGUUCGUCGUCGACGCGGCGGAUUUCCGCGGUGGCCAAUGCAAAAGAACCCUCCCCAAAGGGGAAAUGGGUGCCACCAGAGGACUUGCUCGCGGAGAAGUUUGGUGACGACAUUCUGGUGGACGCCAGCAGGUUGGAGGCAGGUGCCAUUCGUCGCGCCAGCAAGAGCGGCAUCGAGACCAUCACCCAGGAGUUGAUCCCGGAUGACCGCGAGACGGUGCAGAUUGAGGUGAACGAACUCUUCGGCGACAAGCUGGGGGUCCGGCUGCGCAUGGAGGGUCUGGUGGUCAGCAACUUUGACGUGCCUGAGGCAGCAGAUGUCGGCUGGCGCUUUGGGGAUGAGAUCGUUGCUGUGAAUGGAAAAACAGUCGCUUCCCGGGAGGACUUCCGAAAGGAGCUUGCAGAAGCACGAGCACUUCUGCCCAUACUUUUCACUGUGAAGCGCCCGCGACGUUCUUGUAUCGACAUUGGACGGAAAACCAUCAGCAACUCGAGAGACGUUGGACAAGAAAAAGAAAAGCGACGGAAGGGGCGUGCCAGCAGUACGAGCGUACCGUACAGAGAACCUAGAGAGAGAAUUAUGGAUACCGAAUAGUAGCAACAAA